AUGGCCAUUAUUUUAAGAUUUGUUUAUAAUGAUGGUUUUCUACGAGAACGGUUUUUAGAUAUUGUGUGGGUUGAAGACACUACUGCAACAACACUUCACAGGGAGAUAAAAAAAGUCUUUGCUUUCCAUGAGUUGCCUAUAAACAAGUUACGAGGUCAAGGCUACGAUGGUGCGAGUAAUAUGCGAGGUCAGUGGAAUGGGCUACAAUCUUUAUUUAUUAAAGAGUGUUCAUCUGCUUAUUACGUGCAUUGUUUUGCUCAUCAACUGCAAUUGGCAUUAGUUGCAGCAUCAAAAGAAGUAGCUGUUAUCUGGUUAUUCUUUUCAAAAUUAGGUUCAAUUGUAAAUGUUAUUACUACUUCUCCAAAGCGUCAUACUCAGCUGCAGGUUGCACACACAGUGAACAUUGAAGAGUUAGUGGGUGCUGGUGAACUUGAGACGGGAAGAAGAGCUAAUCAAAUCGGUACUAUACAUCGACCUGGAGCUACUCGUUGGGGUUCUCAUUAUGAUUCAGUGUGUGACUUGAUACAUAUGUACGACGCGUCUUGUACAGUACUUGAGAACAUAAAGAAUGAUAGAUCUGCUACAAACUCUUUGCGUGGGGAAGCUACUGGUGCUUAUAAUGCAAUCAGAUCUUUUGAAUUUACUUUCAUCGUGCAUCUAUUGCAGGAGAUCAUGGGAAUCACUGAUAUCCUUUGUCGUGAACUGCAAAAUAAGUCACAAGACAUUCUGAAUGCUAUGAAUCUAGUCACUAUUACAAAAGAUGUCCUCCAGAAGUUGCGAUUGGAUGGUUGGGCUACCUUUAUUGAUAAAGUGAGUUUAUUCUGCAAAAAACAUGACAUUGAUAUGCUCGAUAUGAAUGCUCAAUACAAAGUAGGAACUGGCCGUUCUUGUCAGCAAACAGAUCAUAUUACAUUUGAGCAUCAUUAUCACAUUGAUAUCUUCAAUAAUGCAAUAGAUUUUCAGUUGGCAGAGCUAAAUAGCAGGUUUAGUGAGGAGGCAAUGGAACUUCUUAUUCUCAGUUCAGCUUUAGAACCAAGAGAAGCUUUUAAGGCGUUCAACAUUGAUCACAUUUGCAAGCUUGCAGAGAAAUUUUAUUCUAUGGAUUUCACAGAAAAAAGAGCUACAUACGUUGAGAUGUGA